AGGACGCCGUUGAGCUCGAAAAUGUUAGCGUAUGUAGUUAAAUCUGGAGGCGACGGGAGGAAUCGUUAGACGGAAAUAAUAUCAAUUUUCCGCCGAGAAACGCCCGAACAAACGCCGCACUCCUGGAUUGAGCGGCUUUAACCGCGGGCUGGGCUUCGGGUGAGCGCCUGGGGACUCUGCUGGAGGAAGUUUGGGCGAUAUUUUCGAGGAGGGAUGUCGAACCCGGGGACUCGGAGGAACGGGUCAAGCAUUAAGAUCAGACUGACAGUAUUAUGUGCCAAAAACCUAGCAAAGAAAGACUUCUUCCGGUUGCCUGACCCUUUUGCCAAAGUCGUCGUCGAUGGCUCGGGUCAGUGCCACUCCACAGACACAGUCAAGAGCACGUUGGACCCCAAAUGGAACCAGCAUUACGACUUAUAUAUUGGGAAGACAGAUUCCAUCACGAUUAGUGUAUGGAACCAUAAAAAGAUCCAUAAGAAGCAGGGGGCUGGCUUUCUAGGCUGUGUUCGGCUUCUGUCCAACGCCAUCAGCAGACUCAAGGAUACGGGCUACCAGCGAUUGGACUUAUGCAAGCUGAACGCCUCUGACAGUGAUGCUGUGCGAGGUCAAAUAGUCGUGAGCCUCCAGACCAGAGACAGGAUUGGCAGUGGUGGGCCUGUGGUAGACUGUAGAGGACUUUUAGAAAAUGAAGGACCGGUCUUUGAGGACUCCGGGCCUGGACGGCCUCUCAGCUGUUUCAUGGAGGAGCCUCUGCCCUACUCGGACCCCACGGGGGCUGCCGGAGGGGGAAGCUGCCGUGCCCUGGAGUCACCCAAUCAAGAACAGAGGCUCCAAGCACAACGAAUCCGCAACCAGGAGUCUAGAAGUCACGCACACACCCCACAGAACCGGCCACACGGGCACCAGUCACCUGACCUGCCUGAGGGCUAUGAACAGAGGACCACUGUUCAGGGCCAGGUUUAUUUUCUGCACACACAGACUGGCGUAAGCACUUGGCAUGAUCCCAGAAUACCACGGGAUCUGAACAGUGUGAGCUGUGAGGAGCUGGGCCCUCUGCCACCUGGCUGGGAGAUCAGGAGCACAGUAUCGGGAAGGAUUUAUUUUGUCGACCACAAUAACAGAACAACACAAUUCACAGACCCCAGAUUACAUCACAUCAUGAGCCAGCACUCUCAGGUGAAAGAGUCGAGCCAGGCUCUGCCGGUGCAGAUGGAGGUACCUGUGGAGGAAGGUGAGGGAGAGCUUCCGGUGCGCUAUGAGAGAGAUCUGGUCCAGAAGCUCAAGGUGCUGCGCCACGAGCUCUCCCUACAGCAGCCUCAGGCUGGCCACUGCCGCAUAGAAGUGUCUCGAGAAGAGAUCUUUGAGGAGUCCUACAGGCAGAUCAUGAAAAUGAGGCCCAAGGACCUAAAGAAGCGGCUAAUGGUUAAAUUCCGGGGGGAAGAAGGCUUAGAUUAUGGUGGAGUGGCAAGGGAAUGGUUGUAUCUUCUUUGUCAUGAGAUGCUGAAUCCAUACUAUGGCUUGUUCCAGUACUCCACAGACAACAUCUACACACUACAGAUCAACCCAGACUCAUCCAUCAACCCUGACCACUUAUCUUAUUUCCACUUUGUGGGGCGGAUCAUGGGCCUGGCAGUGUUUCACGGUCACUACAUCAAUGGCGGCUUCACACUGCCCUUCUACAAGCAGCUCCUGGGGAAGCCUAUUCAACUGUCUGAUCUGGAGACUGUGGACCCAGAGCUUCACAAAAGCCUCGUCUGGAUCCUAGAGAAUGACAUCACGUCUGUUCUGGAUCACACGUUCUGCGUAGAACACAAUGCUUUUGGCAAAUUCCUCCAGCAUGAACUGAAGCCCAACGGCAGGAACAUCCCAGUUACGGAAGAGAAUAAGAAGGAAUAUGUGAGACUCUACGUGAACUGGAGGUUCAUGCGAGGCAUUGAGGCCCAGUUCCUUGCUCUGCAGAAAGGGUUCAACGAGCUCAUCCCACAGCAUCUACUCAAACCGUUUGAUAACAAGGAGCUUGAGCUGAUCAUCGGCGGUCUGGGAAAGAUCGAUCUGAACGACUGGAAGGCCAACACGCGGCUGAAGCACUGUGUGGCUGACAGUAAUAUAGUGAAAUGGUUCUGGCAGGCUGUGGAGUCUUUUGAUGAGGAGAGGAGGGGAAGGCUGCUCCAGUUUGUCACCGGUUCAACACGUGUACCUCUCCAAGGCUUCAAAGCAUUGCAAGGUUCUACAGGUUCUGCAGGACCAAGGCUCUUCACAAUCCAUUUGAUUGAUGCCAACACGGACAAUUUGCCCAAAGCUCAUACAUGUUUCAACCGCAUCGACAUCCCGCCUUACGAGUCUUACGAGAAGCUUUACGAGAAGCUCCUGACUGCCGUGGAGGAGACGUGUGGCUUCGCUGUGGAGUGAAAUGUCUCGUCCAGCUCGCCCGCCAGCCAGCAUUGACUAACCCACCUAACAGCUCCUUACCAACCUCUGAUUCUCCCUCACGCCCCUCCUCCUGCUCCUCCUCCUCCUGACCCCGCCCCCAGCACAGGGUGGACAGACUGUUGCCUCCCUGCAGGCUUGAGCAUCACCCGCAGCCCCUCUAUCAGGAGCACAGAGAGGGUAGGCAGUACCCAGGGGCAGGAACUUGCGUACAUUCACACACACACAUACACACACACACACACGCUCGAGCAGCCUGGGUUAUUCACACAGACAACUUCCAGGCAACUCUAGGACUAUUUAUUAAAUGGGAUCGUGAUGUGGAAUGCAAGUUCGUAUUUGCAUUAUUUUAAUGACAGGUACCACAAAAAAGAGAAUAGGAGAAUCUGUGUCCUUUUGUGUCCUCUUGCAGAAAUCCAGCUUAUUUUUUUUUUUUUUAUUUUAUUUUUUUUUUAUGAUUUUUCUGGUCACUAAAAUGGUGGGUCAUAGUCUUAAGUCUGGUUAGGAUUCAGCUCAAUAAUCUAAUAAUUAAAACCUAAUAAUCCUCUCUGAUCCUCUUCUUUGAGCCUGUGGUCUAAAGUAAGAGGUCCUGGUGAAGCUCUCCACCAUGCAGGAGACUCUAAAGACAUGACCAAGAUCAGUCUACCCAGUCCAAGCUGGAGCUGGACAAGAGGUCAAAACUGAAAUCUAUGGAUCUAUUAGAAUAUUUCCAAUCCUCGCUCUUUUUUUUUUUUUUUUUUUAAUGAGCGACCCAUCAUAGGAUGGCCUUGUACAUUUCAGUGGUAUCCGUUUUUUUCCACUUUUCAUCGUUUUAUUAGACGUUUUAUUAAUAAACUUCAUUGCUUGUUGCGUGUGAAAGGUAUUAAUUAAUAAUUAUAUAUUAAAAAAAAGAUAUCCGCCCUCAUCCUCCUUCUUCUCCUCCUCUCACGAUCAAGGAUGUGAAAGCUCGGAAAGUCUUAGCCCUCUUUUUUUGGGACUGUUUAACGUGUUCUCAUAGAAGCACAGAAGCACACAUCUGUUAUGGCUCACAGAGAGAGACCUCGUACAGGCUGAAGAGGGGAUGGAAAGCCCUGGGAAAUUCCUCUGAUGUCAGCAUUAUCCAGAAAAAAGCCAGUAUUUGCAAUCUUAACACAUCUUAACUGUCUUUUUAAACGUCUCAUCUUUGUUUUUUUGUUUUGUUUUUGUUUUUUUGCACGUUGCACAGAUUGUUGAUUUUUAUAAAUGUUUUUUUUUUUGUGAGUUUUUAAUUUACUGAGCGUUUCUUCUGAUCAACUAAAAGCAAAAUCUCCUUUUUAAGAGAUAACAUUGAGUGAGUGAAGCAAUCAUCCUUAAGUAUUGAGUAUCAAAUAGUCCACCCUUUUAUAAACUACGUACUUCUUUUGGUCUGUUUCCUUUUAUUGGAUUUAUCCAGCAGAUCUAAAGCAGACUGCUCGCCGUAGUGCUUUUUCCAUUGCGUGGGAGAUUUAUGAAAAAUGAAAAAUGUGGUAUUUGGAGUCAUGAAUGUUUCAGAGAAGCUCUUACUGUCCUAACGUCUAAUCGGAGAGUGCUGAUUUAUGUUCUCUUGUUGACUUAUUCUCUUAUUAGCAUUAACGUUAACGGUUUGUAUCGUGUCUUCUACAGGAGUGCAUUCGCUCACUGCACUCACUCGCAUCCACCCUCAUCCACUCGCAUCCACUGCAAAGACUGUUAUUCAUCCGUCACUGUGUCCAUCACUGAAACCACUUUUUGGAACAAACAUCUUUUCUAUGGCACUUUCACGAGCACAUUCAGUAAGUAGUUCAGCCCUGGUUCUCAUUCCAAUGAGCGUGAGUCGUUGAUCUCCCAGUGUAGGAUAUAUUAUCAUUAUUAUUAUUAAUAAUAAGGAGAAAAUAAUAGAUACAAAAGAGAGCUGAUGACUUGGACAGCAGUGCUUUUUUUAAAAUCCUCCCUCCAUCAGUCACUCUUUCUCAGCUGUGACGAUCGAUCCUCCCCCGUUUUUACUGUACAUCUCUUCAGCGUGCAGAUCUUGCCGUAUGGAUGUAAAGAGCAGUGAGGGGUUCUCAGAUUUCGUUAUGUAGUGCUCGAUGUGCAUGGCACCAUAUAAAUUAUCCUUCGUACAAAAUUGACCGAAAAAUGAGCCAAUUUCUUAGUUCUAAGUGUUCUGCAACCACUUGAUCUUUCUUUUUUUUUUUUAACUAAUUAUUUAUUACUAUGUAAUGUCCUUUUAAGUAUUGCUGCUAUUAUCAUUAUUCCCUGUUUUUCAGAAAAGCCUGAUUUUUCUUGUGAAAGCUGUACACUACUCUCUUUUAUUUUAUGUAUGAAUCAAAGUAUUUAAACCUGCUGCUAAUUCAAAGAAGCCUGUCCCUUUGGCCUGGAUUGAGUUAGCGUUGAUGUAGGCUGGACCCCGGUGGUCAUGUUCAUAUUUGUGAUAUAUGCAAUAAAAUCCGACACCUUUAUACUCCUU